AUGGUGUUCUCGGGCGUGACCUCCAACUCGCCUGUCGUAGAACAACAAGAGACGAGGUUCAUGGUUCCGCGUCAUGGUACAUACCUCGUUCUCCAGCUUGACCCAGUCAAGAUGGUCGAGCCAUUGCGUGACCCGAAGUUGCUGGCAGCUGCACAAGGGCUACGGGUACAAAAGUAUGUGGCACACGUUACAGCGAUGGACGAGCUCCCAAUGCCGGGCAAGCCAGACCACAAGUGCCGCAUCGCUCUCGUGGGCCAAGGCCUCUGUCCAAAGGACGACGACGCUUGCAUCGAGCCGCAAAUGUGCAUACCCAUUUUCCCCGAGACUGAGCACCCCUUGUCGCGGGCUCCGCUACAGCCGAGCCGUCCGUUCCCAUUCCCGAACUGUUACCAGUAUGCGUCUGCCGUCGUGCCUGUCCGCAUCCCCAACAUUCCUGAAUGCUACGACCACAAAGACGCCAUCUCCCUAUCCGCGCGCGAGACGAUUCACCGCGAUAUGUACUUCUGCGAAGAUGUUUAUAGGAGAAGGGCUCUCCGCGAUGCCAAGCCGGCUAUCGAGGAACCGGAACUAGAUGACGACGCCUCGGUGGUCGAAAGUCUUUAUCCGGAGACGGUCGCGAGCUCAGAGGCGCGGAGCGACUCUCGUAUGAAUUCGAGACCAUCCGUUCCAUCCGGAUUGGGGCGGGACGCCGAAUCUCAUUGCGACGCCGUUAGGUCGGACCUAGAUCCAGCCGACCCGGAUGAUGUCUACGACUCUACAACCCCAUCAAGCUCUGCGUCCUCGAUCUGCUCUUCGGAGAGUGAUUGGCCGGACUCUGCGAGUACUGCGCCGUCCGACGUUCUGUAUGACUUAUUCCUGGACGACCCUACCGAGGAUCGAGUCGUCAUCCCGCUCGUGUCGGUCUCGCUCAACUUGUCGGACGUAGAUAGGGUGAACAGCCCCACUGAUUUCAUGAAGGAGGUAGCAGACAUUCUACGGUUGAUAGAAGACUCGCGGGAGAGACGUGCCACUGGCAAACGAAGUGCUCGUCCCCCAGUUGCGAGUACGCCCGCCCUUACGGAGGACGACGUUCCGGAGCCUGCAGUGGGCGUCCGUCCUUCCAUCCGAGUCGAGGAUAGUGCCGCGCAUACAACCAGCUCCUGUAUCCCCGUCAAAGAAACCUCCGGACCCACCGCGACUGGUUCACGGGACGAUUUCGCAGCGGACAGCUCAGCGCUGCGUGAUCAGGACGACAACUCAGAUCACCAUCGAAAGGCUCACGACACGCUCGAGCGGUGGCGGGCCCUAUGGAGAGGCCGAAUGCAGCAGACCGGUCGUCGCUGCGCUGCUUUCAUAAAGCCCACGAAGGGAGUCGCCACAUCAUCGCUUUUCAACCAUAGCACCUGUCGCUGA